CAGUGGGAUAGUAAAAUGGAGUUCAUUCUAACUGUGGCUGGUGCUAUUGUUGGACUUGGAAAUAUAUGGAGGUUUCCAUAUCUUUGUUACAAGAAUGGUGGGGGUGCCUUCUUCAUCCCGUAUAUCCUGUACCUGGUGACCUGUGGCAUCCCUCUGUUCAUCCUGGAGACGGCUCUUGGACAGUACACCAGCCAGGGGGGCAUAACCUGCUGGAGGAAGAUCUGCCCGCUGUUUGAGGGAUUGGGCUAUGCCGCCCAGGUGAUCACUAUAUAUGGAUGUAUGACCUACAUUGUGAUCCUGGCCUGGGCUUUCCACUACCUCUUUUCAUCCUUCACUGUUGACCUGCCAUGGGCCAACUGUAAUAAUGACUGGAACACAGAUGCUUGUGUCACAUUUGGUACCAAUAAUGUAACCAGCAAUUGGACUGUUCCUCUCCUGAAUACGUCAUCUUCAGUUGUAGAGUUUUGGCAGCGGCGAGUGCUGCGGAUAUCGGAUGGAAUAGAAUCACUUGGAGGCAUUAGAUGGGAGCUGGCUCUGUGCCUUCUGCUGUCCUGGGCCAUCUGCUACUUCUGUAUGUGGAAAGGAGUGAGGUCUACAGGAAAGGCAGCGUGCUUCACGGCAACGUUCCCCUAUGUCAUGCUACUGGUGCUAUUCGUCCGAGGAGUGACCCUACCUGGAGCUAUAGAUGGCAUCUUCUACUACAUGUAUCCCAAUGCUACACGGCUUGCUGAUCCACAGGUUUGGAUGGAUGCAGGAACCCAGGUAUUUUUUUCUUACGCCAUAUGCCUGGGAUACCUGACUUCUCUCGGAAGCUACAACAAAUAUAACAACAACUGUUACAAAGACUCCUUCUACCUGUGCUUGUUGAACAGUGGGACGAGCUUCCUGUCUGGUUUUGCUAUUUUUUCCAUCCUGGGUUAUAUGGCUGGAGAACAGGGUGUGGACAUCUCUAUGGUAGCUGAGUCAGGUCCUGGCCUGGUGUUCAUAGUGUACCCGCAGGCAGUGUCCCUGCUCCCCUGUCCUCAGUUCUGGGCCGUGUGUUUCUUCACCAUGAUCAUCCUGUUAGGAUUGGACAGCCAGUUUGUCGGCCUUGAGAGCCUUAUGACCUCGGUAACGGAUGUCUACCCCAACGUCCUCAGAAAGGGCCACCGGAGGGAGCUACUGCUGCUGCUCAUCUGCUGUUGCUGCUGCCUGGUCGGACUCAUCAUGGUCACAGAGGGUGGCCUCUACAUCAUACAGCUGUUUGAUCAUUAUGUGUGCAGUGGUGCCACUCUGCUACUCCUCUCCAUAUGCCAGUCUUUCAGUAUUGGAUGGAUAUAUGGUGCUGAACGUUUCUGUGACAACAUUGAGGAUAUGAUUGGCUACAGGCCCUCCUCUCUGGUGAAGUACUGUUGGCUAUACAUCACCCCUACUAUGUGCACAGGAACCUUUGUGUUCUCGCUGCUGAAGUACAGCCCUCUGAAGUUCAACAACACCUAUGUGUACCCGUGGUGGGCUUACGGGCUGGGCUGGUUCCUGGCUAUGUCCUCCCUGUCUCUCAUUCCCCUCACAAUGGUCUACAAACUGUACCGAGGACAAGGGACAUUCUGGCAUCGCCUCCAGGCAAUCUGUCGGCCAGCAGAUGACCUUCCCAGGAUCAGGGCUGGGAUGUAAUCGGAGUUGGGAUGUUACAUGUAAUCUGUUACAAGUAAAGGAUUACACAACCUGUAACUGUAAGAAUUACACAACCGUGCUGAGGGUGCUGCAGA